AUGCCUUCUGAUAUUUCUGAUAAUGAAUAUGUGCCAGAUUUUGAAGACUCAGAACUUGAUAACACUCAAGAAACUUUAAUUAAUAAUAAUCCUGAGAACUUAAAUUCAGAAGAAACAAGUGAUAUCAUUGAUAUUCCUAUAAAUGAGUUUGAAUAUGGAACAAAAACUUCAACAAGUUUACUUAAAGAACAUUUAAUUAAAGAGUAUAAGUAUAAUGUUACUAUUAAACAACAAACAAAAUUGAAUUUUAUUAAAAAACUAUAUAGCAAAGAUGAUGUUAUUAGAGUAAAAGAUUACAAUGAUGCUCUUCUUAAUUUAGUUAUUAGAUAUCAACUACCUUUUAUUAUUGUAAAUAAUAAAUGGUUUGAUGAAUUUUGCAAAACAAUGGAUUUAAGAUUUACAUUACCUUCUCAACAAUAUUUACAAAAACAGAUUCUUGAUAAUUUUGAAAGUAGACAUAUAGUAAUUACAAUUAAACCUUUAGUUGAACUGACAGUUAAACUGGUAGUUAAGUUAAUGGUUAAACCUAUGGCUGAAUUAAUGGUCAAACCGACAGUUGAACUGAUAGCUGAACUGACAGUUGAACUGAUAGUUGAACUGACAGCUGAACCGAUGGUUGAAUUAAUGAUUAAACCUAUGGUUAAACCAACAGUUAAAAUGAUAGUUAAACUGAUGGUUAAACCAACAGUUAAACUGCAGUUGAGGAACCAUGGUUCAGUUCAACUUGAAGGUUUAACCGAUGACUUUUGA